AUGGUGUAUCGAGAACCCCAGGAUAUUCCAUACACAUUGAUUGAGAAUGUGGCAGCAUUCCUCUCAGAAUCUCUUUACGUGCAAGCGUUAAACAUCUUGAUCAGCACGGUUGCCUCCAGGACAUACGCGUCAGAAAAGGCAUAUAGGCCAACCCAGAAACAUCUCGCCCUCGCAGCCACCUUUCUCGUCCACCCAUCAACGACAACGAACGCCAAGUCCGCCGGGCACAAAGAAGCUUGCAAUGCUGCGCUGCAGCUCUUACGACUAACCAGUUGUCUCAUCAGUCCCAAGGAUGCCAACUUCAACCUCGCGUUCAACUUCGAGGCUUCCCAAAACGCAAGAGGUGGACGACAGCGGAGGGAUGACAGUCCCGUCCUUGAUCGUAAGAAAAAGAACGAAGUAUUCGAUCCUCAUGCUCUGAAGUAUGUGGAGCUCGCUGAUGCCGAGUCGUUAUGGACGUGUGCCGAUGAUUUCUGGCAUGCUGUAGGCUGGGCCUUUAACUGCUCCGUUCUUCAUCCUGAGAGAUGGGAGCACUGGAACAUAUGGCUCAAAUAUAUGUGCGAGGUGAUUCUAGAUGAUUGGAAACAACGUGAAGCGGAAUACGCAGAGGCCAAGGCAGCGAAAAAGAGCAUGUCGCCUGCAUCUCCUGAAGAGAACAUAAGAGGUAGAGGUGCUCGGAAGAAUGAAGAUGAAGACCUGGACAUCUUUCGGGGGAGUCUGAUAUUCCAGUACAUUUCGGCUGGUUCUUUGGCUGGACGAAACAGUCGGAUCAUCAAGUCUAUCUUUGCGGAUGGAAGUAGCAAUUCUGUCAACAUGUUCCGCCAAGUGUUUACUCAGGAACUCAAGCGUUCUGGAAAAUCACAGAGCAGGAAGAGAGUUCGUGAUGUCAAUAUCGACCGAGAGGAAUAUGGCGAUUACCUGAGCGAUGAUGAUUCCAAUGAAGAGGAAGAUGAAAUCCCCGAUACGAGCAACCCACAGGCCCGUGGCUCAUUGCCACCAAUGGGUGCUAACCGGCCAAAGCGUACAAGACGAGGAACAAGAUCAGACGCUAACUCGAUUAAAGAUCCGAAAACCAAAGACCAAGCCUCCUUGACAAACCACAGUGGCAGCGUUGCGAUGAUGGGCGGUCUUGAAUCGAUUUACUUGCGUAAAAUGCUUCUACACAUCCUAUCGCUUGUCUCCGAGCGGCUUCCCCAGGACUAUGUGUCUAUCUACGAUCUGUAUCCCAUGUUCGUUGACUACAUCCGCCCUCUCCCCCUUCCAGUGUUCCAAGCUUUCGUCAGCCCAACCGUGCUUCCAGUGUUCUCAUCAGAAGAACACACCACGUUCUGUGAGAUCUUGCUUUUCACCCUGCGCGAAAGUUCUGCCCCGGCGUCAAGCGAGGAAUACCUCAACCAAGAAAAGUUAGAGAAAUGUUUCCUUCCUUACACAGCAGCCAACGCCAAUCGUGUCAACAACGCAAAGGUGUCGAUACUUCUCGAGGCCCUGGUCAUCCUCCUAGCGAAGAAUGACAUGUUGGUCGUCACGCCUCUUUUCAGAAACGCCGUCGAAGAAGGAAUUCACCGGCGGGCUGACAGGGUGCAUGAUGAACGCCGUGGCGUGAAUGGCCGCCGUAACGCGAAUAGCCGAAACAAGGACUCAAUCGAAUGGUGCUGGCUUGUAGAGAGCGGUGAUAGAUUGAUGCUUAUGAUGGAUCUUUUGUCACUGAAAGAUGAGGAGUUGAAGUAA